ACGCUCGGGCACGAGCUUUUGAGUUUGGGCUCGGCACGACCCUACCAAUAGGGCAUGACCAGCAUUUCCAUAUUAGGACCUUCCAGGUGUUUUAACUUCAAUCAGUGUUUCUAAGCUCUGUAGUGUUUGAAUUAUUUUAAAUUGUUUGUAUAAUUUGUAAGUUGUGCUUAUUUAUCCACCCAUAAAACAACCUUUUUAAUCAUUCUUUUUAGAUUUUUGUGAAAGGAAAUAUUAUUUACAAAGUUAAAGCUCAAAUUCUUAAACUUUUUUAACAAAAGUAAGAACUUUAAGUUUUAUGAACCAUGAUCUCACUUAAGGAUUGUGAUGCAAUUGGAAUUGAUAUGGAUCAUACCUUGUGUAGGUAUAAGUUGUCUGAACAGAUUGAACUGGGCCAUCAAGCUCUGGCCCAAUAUCUUAUUAAAGAGAAGAAAUAUCCACACAGCUUAGCAGAUCCUGUCUUGGACGAUCCAAACCUUGUAUAUUGUGGUGGCUUGCUGUUUGAUGAGGAGAAUAUGACUUAUGUAAAGAUGGAUGAAAAUGGCAAAGUAGAGAAAGCGGCAUUUGGUACAAAAAUGCUUAGUGAGAGUGAAAUUUCGAAGAUGUAUCCAGACAAUAUGAAAUGCAGUUACUUUGAUGACAUAUUGUCUGGUAAACUUAGUGAAAAAGGUUCCUACCAUCUGCAUGAUAAUAACUUUGAUUUGAUCAGAACUGUGGUGCAUUCCCGAAUGAUGCAAACUGCUGAUAGCCCAACAAAAAAACAAGUUUUUGAUGAUUUGGUUGCCGCACUUGCUUACAUUUGGGAUCCUAAAACCAGCGUGAUAUUUGAAAAUAUAAAAUCUAAUCCUGAAAAAUAUCUUCACAAAUGUCCGAAUGUAGUCAAGUCUUGGCUGAAAGCUUUAAAGAAAAAAGAAAAGGUUGUAUUCCUAUUAACGUCUUCGCGUUGUGAUUUUGUAAAGCAUGUAAUGGAUUACUGCUUGGGAAAUGACUGGCAGAGCUAUUUUGAUGUGGUUAUUUCAAAAGCAAAAAAGCCAGGAUUUUUUAAUGAGCAGUUACCCUUUCAAUUAGUCGACCCAAACCUUGUCUGUGUGGUAGACGGAAAAGUUUCCAAAUUAGAGCGAAACAAGUGGUACUCACAAGGCAACAGCCAUCUUCUACAUGAGCAUUUAAAGGUCUGGACGGGAAAGGAAUCGCCAAAAGUAGUUUAUUUUGGUGACUGUGUUAAAAGUGAUAUUGUCCCUGUUAAACUGCAUCCGAAUAAUCCUACAAGUGAUUGGAAUGCGGUUUAUGUUAUGGAUGCUUUACGUGGAAUAGAGGGCGCUGUAAACCCACUCAGUGAAGACGAAAAACGCCUUCUUUUCAGUGAAAGUUUCGGGCCUGUGUUAAAGUCCACCGAUGGUGCUGGUAUGUGUAAAUCAUUUUUUUGUAAGCUUAUUGAAAAGUAUGCAACUAUUGCUGUGCCUUCUGUGGAAUAUGUAGCAAGCCGUCGUAUUGUUUAUAAGUAUACCAGGUUGGGUAAAGGAAGUGGAUUCUAUCCUGACAUACCGAGUAACUUUUGAUUCCUUCAUUACAUAUUGUGUUGAAUCCUACCUUUUAAACUUCUUAAGACAUAUCAUUGUAUUUUAUUAAUUAUCCUCCAUAAGUCCCAAGUAUUAGUUUCCUGUGUAAAUUGUAUCUGUAGUAAACUUUCUUGUGCGAAUUGACAGAAUUUUUACCUAAUUUUUAUAUUAUAAACACUCUAUUUAAUAUUGUAUUUGUAGUAAUUACUAAAUUCUUUAGAAAACACCUCACGCAAUUAUUACUUUUUCAUUGAUGUGCCCCCCGUUAUUAAAGGGAUUAGUUCACAGAUUUUUUAUAAGUUCCUGCGUUACAUUGUUUAGAUUGUAGGCUUAAUUGUAUUUAGUAAAGUAUAAAAUGUGUUUGUUUUGUUAACAGUAAAUGUAACUUAAAUAAAGCUCAUUAUACCUGGCUGCAACCAAGUGAUUUGCAUUAUGGAA